AUGGCUUCUUUCUCAAUGCCGAUUCUGGGUUUGAAUGCUCAACGAGAGGAGAUGCUUAUGGUCUUUGAUUCAUCGGGCUUCGAUUACAACCACAACAUGCAAAGAAAUAUCAGAUCUCGUAGUCGUGGAGAAUUGGGUUACAAUAACCACAACAUGCAAAGCAGCAGGAUCCAAUCUCGUGUGGAAUUGGGUUACAAUAACCUCAACAUGCAAAACAACGUUAGAGAUGAUGUUUACAUCUUGGAUUCGCUGGACUUGGGUUACAACCACAACAUGCAAAACAAUGUAAGAGAAAGGGUUUAUGUCUUUAAUUCUGUCGAUUUGGAUGGUGGAGUUUCAAGGGUAAUGGAGUCCACGACACAAGAUCUUGAAGAGGUCACAGUUGAAGCAGAGUCCACAACAACACAAGACUCUAGAUCUUUUCAAAAUCUUGAAGAGGUCACGAUUGAAGCAGAGUCUUCUUCCAUCACCGACUGUUCUAUUUGUCUCGGGGAGAUUGGUUCAAGUGCAAUUGGCUUGCCUUGUUCACACGUGUUUCAUCGGGAUUGCAUCACUAAGUGGCUCAUGCUUCGCAAUUCAUGUCCUUUAUGUAGAUGCAGUGUGUCUAGGAAUGAUUAA